GCAAGAAAUUUUCAUUAUUACCGCUUCAAGUGUUGCCAAAAAUUUCACGAACCCAUUAAAACCCCCCAAAAGAUUAUCAUUUUAGGUAUCUCUUUUAUCUGUUGCUCUCUCGAUCUCUCCGUCGUCUUCUUUAUUCAGUUUGUUUUCCACAGUUAGAAGGAUGGCUUCACCAAUAAUAGGUGGGCGCUCCUAUGGGAGAUCAUCAAAUCAUCAAUUUGGUAGUAGUUCACAAGAACCCCUUUCCCCUGCUCUCUCGCCUGCACCUGUUGCGAAUUCUGAACCAAGUGUACAUAUGGAAGAUUCAUAUGUAGUUCGUACAGAUUUGCCCAUGCUCCAUCAUUCUCGAAACAAUGGAUCUAAAUGGUUUAAACACAACACUGAAGUGUCAACUGCAAUCAGAAAGAUCAUUCAAGGUUGUUUCAAAGGACCAUGGUACUCUUGGAAAAAAGUGCCUCCUUACUAUAAACGAACAUGGUUUUCAAUGUUUAAGAAAAAGUUCAAUUGGGAUGCUUCAAUCAACUAUUCAGUUGAAAGAGAGUUUAACAAAACUGCUGCCUAUCGCCUCAAAGGAAUGGUAAGUGUUGUAAAGAAAGGAGGAGUGAAACCUGACUGGAUUUUGUCUGAUUAUUGGACCACUAUGCAAGCUUAUUGGGCAACAGCGAAAGCCAAAAAAACGAGUGCUAGUGCACGUGCUUCUCGAUUGUCUGAUCGCAAUGGCUUAGGUCCGCAUCGACAUAGAGCGGGUUCAUGUUCCUAUGCCAAAGUUCAAGAUGUGCUGGAAGCAAACAAUGAAGACUCCUCUUUUAUUGCUGUGAUGAAGAAACAUCAUCAAAGACCUGACGGAACAUACGUUGAUGAGCGUGCUCGCUUGGUUGCAGAAACUUAUGAGAAACAUGUGGAAGAACGUUUGGGACAGCUCGAAUCUUCUGGUCAAGAUAAUGUAACACUUGAGAAUCUUGACCAGAGUGAAAAAAAUGAAAUUUAUGUCAAGGCUGCUGAAUGUCUAAGCAGGGACGUGUCUUUGGACUUGGAGCAUUACACAUGUGUUAUGCGUACUGCUGCUUUUUCUCGUCGUUCUUCGAUCAUGUCUAGAUGGUCGAUCAACAAUUCUUCGUUUAGUUCAACGUUAUCGGGGCAUAUCCUUCGUCGCUGGGAUGGAACUUCGAUCUCAGCUGGUAUUACUCCCUUGAUUCCAUAUGAGAGGGAAAUGGGGUUUCUUGGGUUGCCGUAUGGGGCAUUGUUCGGCAUGCCCAGAGCACGCCGUUCAGUUCCUCGCUCCAUUUAG